AUGCCUCCUUUUUUCCUUGCUUGCCUCGAGCCGGAGAGACGCCCAUGCUGCGGCUUGGGGGGGGUGGGGCCUGAUGCCCAGAGCGCGGGUGGAGCCGCAGAAGAGAGGGGAGGAGGCGAGCGAGUGUCGUGUUCCGGCGAGGACCGCCGGCGAGUGCCUAAGGAUGAUGCGGAGGAUCUCUCGUCUGCACUUUGGCGUCUUGCCGAGGGCGCUGCCGUCUGCCUUUUGAUUUUCCUCGGCGCGUUCACUCACCGUUCUCCCGCGCUCGCGCCUUCGUUUUCUGCGUCUCUCUCCCCUUCGCCCCUGCCUCGAGUCUCUGCGGCCGAGGCGAGGGACGAGGAACUCAAGGCAGAUGCCCGUGCGCGGCCGGAGAGAGACCUCGCUGGAGAAGCCGUCGCCUCCGGCUACCUCCGCGUUGCGCGGCGGCCGCGAAAGAUCCUGCGGCGAGCGACGUUCUGUGUAGGCUUCGCGAUUUGCCGGGAGAUGUCUCGAGCCUGCGCCUCCGCUCCGCCCUCGUCUCAUUUCGCCGCGGCCUCGGACCCAGGCCCCGCUGGCGUAGCGGCUGCGGCCGCCCGAGAGGACACGUCCUUCGGUUUAUAUUCGGAGACGUAUGUGCGGUGUGAGCGGGUCACAGCUACGAAGACAGCAGCCUCCUCCGGCUGGGUACGGGGGGGGGAGGCACCGGGCGCCGCUUGGGUUCUGUUCGCCCAUGCGGCAGAAGUCGAGGCCUCUCUCUCGGUGCCUGUCAGCUCCCUGAAGGAAUCCAUGGCGUCGUCGGCUUCUCAGAUCGCUUCGCCGCAGAGCGCGUGGCCGCACUGGCGACCUUCUUGCUGCUCCCCCGGGUUUUCCUGCGCGUCGGCGUCCUCCUGGUGCGAGGCAGAGGCUUGCGCCGCGAACGCGUCUGACGCUUCGCUGGGAGGCGCGCGGAGCUUCGUCGGCGAGGGCGCGGCGCCCCUCGCGAAGAAGGGGGGCAGCAAGAAGGCAAAGCGCAUGCAGCACGGAUCUCGCGACUCAGAAGACCCGCCAGAGGCUUUCACGGCCCGUCCGGACGCGCCGCCGCGCCCUGCGUCCUCCGUUCGCUUCCUGCAGCUGCCUCUCACGAGUGACAAUUUGGUCGCGCUCGCUGUGCUGGCCGUGCUUUGCGCGCUCGGAUGCGUGUACCUGAUCAAAAUGUCGUUUGGCUUGGCGCGCUGCUGCAAAUGCAAAGUCUGCAAAGGCGACUACAUCCUGGAGAACAAGCUCGGUAGCGGCGGCUACGGGACGGUGUGGGUCGUGCGGCGACGCCGAGCUGUGCGCGGAGAGACGUCUUUCGCGGUUCUGAAGAAAAUUCAGGUCGAGGACAUCACCGAGGCCGAUUCGUACCAGCAGGAGGCGCGGCGACUCGCGAAUCUCACGCACAGAUACAUCGUCGGCUACGAGACGGACUUUAUCCAUCGCGAGCAGGCCUUCGGGGCGGUGGAGGCGAAGAUUUUCUUCAUGAUUGUCAUGGAGUUCUGUGCAAACGGCGACGUCAAGCAGUUCAUCGACCGCUCGUACCGCAGCUUGACAGAAAAGCGAAUUCGCCUUUGGAUGUAUCAGCUCGUCCAGGCGAUUCACUACCUCCAUGAGCGAAACGUGAUUCACAGAGACAUCAAGUCGCAGAACGUUUUUCUGUCGAAUGACGGCUCGGUGCGGCUCGGCGACUUUGGCCUGAGUCGCGCGACGCCGCCUCCGCGUCCGCCGGCGGGUCAGGCGCACGCCCUGCUCUGCACGUCUCCCGCACGCCUCCUGCCUUCGCCGUUUUUCUCGCGAGGCAGGCCGUCGCUCGGGCCUAUGCGUCGUGCGCGAGGGGGAGCCCCUCCGCCGUCGCCCGACGCGUUUUCGGCGCUCUCGCCGGCGCUGGCGCGCCUCCUCCAGGAGACGCCGCGCGGCAGUGCGACCAGCCACGGCUUCGCGGCUUCGCCUGUCUCGCAGGAGCGCGGCGCGCUGCAGGUGCCUGGUCAGCUGAGUCCGCAGCUGGAGACCCGCAGGACGGCGCGAAAGUCGCGCAGAGGAUCGGACGCCUCGGCAGCGAGUGCGGCGAGUGCGGCGAGUGCGGCGAGCGGGAGAGAGCGGGGGAGGACGCGGCGCAGGCGCGCGGAGAGGGAGGCGAAGGCGCGCAGAGCGGAAGAAGGCGAGGCGAGCCUCGCUCUGCAGCUUCCGCCGUCGCAGAGGCCGCCAACCGCGGGGCAGGAGACGCCCGAAGAGGAGAUUCCGCAAGGGCGCGUCAGCUCCGAGGGCGAGGAGACGGAGCCGGAGAGGGCGACGGAGGGAGAGUCGCGCAUCUGCUCAUCUUCAGCUUCUUUAAGAGGCGCCCGCCGCACGAGCUGGAGGUUGCUGAGGCGCCCGAGGAGGUUUCUCUUUUCUUCAUCGAGACCCGAAGACGCUACGUUUCUUUUCUCGCUUCGCGAAGUCGUCUGCACCCGGGGUGUCUUGGCUGGGGUGUUUGUGCCGCUCCGUGUGUGGGUUCGACGUCUCUGCGCGUUCGGGGCGAGUUCCGCGCGCACAGUCGGAGACAGACUGUGCGCGCUUCUCUUUGAAACAUCUGCAGCCUCUGAGUCUGGAAGCUCGUUGCAGAGGUCGGCGCGAUCUCCGUGGAGCUCGUCUUCGCUGCUUUCAACCUCCGCGGCGCCGCGCGCUCCGCUCUCGUCGGCGUUUCCGCGGACAAGCGCCCUCGCCGCGCGACCAUUCUUCUUCCACGAUGAAUUCUCGCACGCGGGCGACCGCCGCCGAGACGAGAAGCACCUCGUCUUCUCGCUCGCCUCGCUCCCGCGACGCACCGAAACCGCCCUCUGCGGCUCCGCGUCCGCCAUGUCCCAGGCAGGGACCGACUGCUACAUGGCGCCGGAGAUCAUCACCGACCAGAAAUAUGGAAAGCCUGCCGACAUGUGGUGCCUGGGAUGCGUGCUGCUGGAGCUGUGCACGGGCAUUUUCAUGUGGGAGUACGAGUCGCCACUGGCACUUCUGGUGAUGGACGCGGAGAACGCGACGGCGUUUCUGGAUGAAUUCCUCGACAGACACGUGCCUCAAACUGUCAUCGGGGCUGGAACGAAAAACAUUAUCAAAAUGCUCUUGCAUCCCGAUCCGCAACAGCGACCCUCGACGGCCGGUCUGCUGCGACUUCGCUACUUUAAGCGCUGCCACAAAGUCUGCACGUUCCCGCUCUCGUGGUCGCCGUCGCUCUCGGCUCCCUUCGGUCACUCGAAAGCUCUCGCUGGCGCCGCGCAGCGCGCGACUGAUGCAUUCGAGGACAAGGCAAAAAACGCGGCGCCUGCGAGCGAAGACGAACCUCUUGCGACGUCCAGGGAGAGAGACGAAAGCAGCGCCGAAGACAGCAGACAGUCGAGUCUUUUUUCGUUACCGCCGCUGCGCGAGAAGCUGACGCGCGGGCUGGCGAGUCUGUUUGCUGGCUGCAGCGGCAGCGACGACAGCAGAGGCCCCCAGCCCUCGGCGCCUUCGAAGGAGAGCCUGGGAAGCACCGGAGACGCGGCGCAACCCGAAGACAGGGAGUCAGACGCGCUCGACGUGGACCUUUCCUUCGUCGAUCCUCUCUCUUGGGAUUUGGUAUACCGCCGCAAGGCGGGCCUUCCUCUGGGCGGCGGAGACGCGGAGACUGCCGAAGAGAACUCGAGAACCGACGCGCAGGCGCUCCCGUCGUUGCACCGCGGCUCUCGCACCGCUGUCGCGCGCGCAGGGGUCGUUCCAGUCUCUUCUCCGAGCGGUUUCUUCACUCCGACUCGGCGAGUGCGCGGGGCGGAUUGCACCGACGGGCUUCAGGACGAAACCCGCGAAAAACGCGUCCUCGUGUCGCCGCUGUCUGAGGAAAGCCCUGGCGACGUUCCCAGACAUGCUAAGGAGGAUACCGAGCGCCCGCCCAAGGCAGGCCGCAAGAACCGGCGAGGGAAAAACAAAAAAUCCAAGAGAGAGCCGCGUGGCGCAGACGAAGAGAUGUGCACGCGGAGGGAGAGCUGUGCUAAAGACAGAAGAGACCCCGACCUCGAUGGGAAGCUCGUCCCACUUGACGCGGACAGCGUCAUUGCCUUUCCUCGCAGAGAGGGGAAGCGGCGCGGCGCAAAGGGUGUCGCCGAGUUGGCGCUGAGGGAGAAAAGAGAGGAGGAAGAUAGCGGCGGAAGAAGAGAUGCCUCGCAGGAGCGGCGCCGCGGCCCUCUGGGCGCGAAGCCGCGCCGGAAGGCUGCGAGGCUGUAG